UUUGCUUUUUUUUCGAACAAUUAACUAAAAUCGUUUCGAGAAUUUUAUGAUUUCGAGAUUUGUGUUAUAAAUUAAAAUAUCGAAUUAUUUCAUAAUAAUGGAACCACCUAAAGACAAAUGGAAUAUUGUGCUACUUGUAUUUAUUUUACAUGGCAUUGGCACAUUGAUGCCAUGGAAUAUGUUUAUAACGGCAAAGAGUUAUUUCGUUGAAUUCAAAUUAGGCGGCGGAGAUUCAAAUUCUACAAGUGCUUCAAAUUAUGCAGCGAAUUUCUUACAAUAUCAUGGAUUUGCGGCUCAAAUUCCCAAUGUGGUAUUUAAUUGGCUCAAUGUGUUUUUAAAUUUGGGUGGAGAUUUGACGACACGAAUGGCGAUUAGUAUAUUAGUGGAGCUGUUUAUAUUUGUGGUUACAGUUCUUAUGGCCAUGGUUGACUCUACAAAUUGGCCCGGCGCCUUUUUUUGGAUAACAAUGGUCACAGUAGUCGUUUUAAAUAUGGCUAGCGCUGUUUACCAAAAUACUAUAUUCGGAAUGGUCGCCACCUUUCCAUUUAGAUAUACUGGCGCGGUAAUAUUGGGAUGCAACAUUUGCGGCCUCUUUGUCUCUUUAAUAAGUAUUGGGAGCAAUUAUAUAUUUCCUACAAUUAGAACUGCUGCAAUUUAUUACUUCAUAACGGCGAUGGUGCUUUUGUUAUUUUGUUAUGAUACCUUCUUCGCAAUACCUUUGAACAAAUUUUUCAUCUAUAAUCAACUUUCGCGAAAAACGGAAGGCAGUGAAAUUGUGAAAACUUCGGAUAUACCUUAUUGGACUAUCUUUAAAACAGCAUCUAUGCAGCUGUUUAAUGUAUUUUUAAUAUUCUUUGUAACUUUGGCGGUUUUCCCUGCCGUAAACUCUGAUAUUAAAGCUUCGUCAUCGGAUUUUUUCAUAAAGGACCCCAUAAUGUAUAUACAAAUUACCUGCUUUUUAACAUUCAAUUUAUUUGCGAUGCUCGGAAGUUUGACAUCAUAUUGGAUACAAUGGCCUGGUCCGAAAUAUUUGGUCAUACCAGUUGCCUUGCGAUUGGUUUUUAUACCGUUAUUUCUGUUUUGCAAUUAUUUGCCUCUAAACAUCGAUAGAAGUCUGCCAGUUUUAAUAAACAAUGAUUGGAUAUACUGGAUUAUUGGUGUUUUAAUGGCAUACACUUCCGGAUACUACAGUGCUCUGGCAAUGAUGUAUGCACCACAGACAGUUGAACAAAACCAACAAGUCAAAGCGGGAAUGUUCGCCGGUGCGAUGCUCAUAAGUGGGAUUUUUUGUGGAAUUUUGUUUUCAUUCAUAACUCCUUAUUUAGUCUAAUAUGAAAUAAAUUGAAAUAUAUAUAUUAUGAAUACCCUUUUUACCGAAAUUAAAAAUUAACAGUUACAAACUUCAGGAUUUCCGGACAUAUAGA